AUGACAACUUCCUUCUCAUUUUCACCUUCGGCUGAAGCAACACCAACGAUAAGAGAAGAUAAUUUUGGGGAAACUUUAGGGAUCAGGGCCAACCUUCAACAUCAAGAUAUUGGUCCUCCUGAUUUGAUCCAUCGUUCCAUUUAUGCUGGAUCAAAAUCGGCAUUAUAUAACCAAAACGAUUUUGUUAAAGAUAAGCAGAAAAAAGAUGAUGAUGGUUAUGUUGGAUAUUAUCAUUUUGUUAAUGGAUUGAGGCCACAAAGUAGCGAAAAUUAUAUUAUGGAUAUUGUGAAAUAUGGAGCUCCUUAUAAACGAGACGUUAUAGUUACUUAUUGCACAUAUAACAUAUUCAGCAAAUCUGAUUUUCGAGUAAAAUAUAUAAUACAUCAUAAAGAUUUACUGGUUGAUCGGACAUACCAAAUUGCAGGUCGAACAGUGACAGAUAUCCCAGUAAAUUAUUUACAGGAACUUGAUGCCUCACAAAUAGUACGAUUCAUAUAUUAUUUGGAUAACCUAGACGACCAAUUUGUUGGAUUAGUUAACUUCCCUGACUUUGUUAAAGAUAAAGAGGCGAUAGCUACAUCACUUGAUAUAUUGGCAAAACAUCUUCGUAAAGGAUUUAUGACAGGAACAUCAUCUGCGUAUGGAGCUCCAACUUCAUGUGGUAAUGACAAAAAGACAAACUACUAUCGUAAUCGAUUGGUUGAUGCCAUAAUAAGAUUGGAAAAGUUGGGGGAUUAUAACAUUAGUCAACUGAUCAAACUGUCUUAUGGAGACGAGUUCAAUUAUGUGAUUCUUAAAUUAAUCAAAGAUGAACUUGAAUAUAUACAAUUGAUUAAUGAUUCUAUAAAGGAUAACUUGUAUUCUACACAUCUGGCAUUGAUAUUAGUUGAGCAAGUGAAAUUUCUCAUAUCAAAAGAGCAAUAUAAGUUAGCUUUGGAGAUUGCGAAAAAAACGAUAUUGAUAUUGCCAUUAGAUUAUGAUUGUUGGUUUUAUUUGGCAUUGUCAUAUAUUUUAGUUAAAGACAUUGAAAAUGCCUUACUUGUUAUCAAUUCGUUGCCUAUUAUUAUAAAUAAAAACAAAGGUGCACAUGAUCCACCGGAUUUGUUUGUGUCGACGUUUAUUGAACGACUCGAGUUGGAAGAAGUCAUUUCCGAAAAACUGUUUUACGAAUACUUCCCUAAUCCUAAAAAUACCAAUGGUGAGCAUAUUGCUUCUAUUCGGAAAAUGUGGAAUGAUUUAUUCUUAUUUAAUCCUUUGUCUAGGCAUCCUAUUGUGGGACAACACUUUUCCCAAUCGCCAUUGGUCAACAGCUCUGCUAUUGAAAUCGCGUCUGUGGAUACCAUUCUUGUCAAAACAUGUGCACCAAGCUCCACUAAAAAUGCAUUUGCAUCUCAAUCAGCUGGUUCAAGUGCAUCUUCGAUUUUGAAUUAUGCUCGAAAAUCAACUUGGGGACGAACAUAUGAUCUCUUGUCAUUUAUGGUAGCACUUGUCGGAUGGGAACACGUGAUUUCGAUUAAAGAAAGAUUGUUUAAGCUGAAUGUCGAAUCUACCACUGCUGGAAACAACAAUUACGUUGUAAAUCAUGGGGCCAAGGAACGGUUAGUGACAUGUGAAGCUUGGUUAGAACAGUUGUUUAUUACGAUUUAUGAAGAUCUCCGGACACUAAUGAUUACUAUUGCCAACAACACAAAUCAAGAACGAAGUGCCUUAGAAUGGGAAAUGAUAGGUUUGUUAGGGUGGCUGGUGAAACACAAUUUACGAGAUUCCAUCAGCCUGUUGGUUACCAGUGUUAUUGGCAAGAAUGUUCAAGGUGAGUUUGAUUACUUUGGUACCGUGCAACUAUUGGAAAUAUAUGACGAGUUUAUUCUUGACAGCCCUGGAUAUAUGGACAGUUAUAAUGGCAAGUUUUUAAGCAAUAAAUUGAUCUUAAGGGUUUCUAGUAAACAAAUGUGUGACAGCUUGGUAAAAUCAUUGGAAAAAGAAUAUUUCAAACUUGAUUUUGUACUUCUUGCAAUAAUGAAGUUGGUUAGUUGGAAUGUGCGAUGGUAUCAAUAUGUUCCUGAUUAUCUUGUAAUGAGUAUUUUACAGAAAUUGAUUGCGAAAUAUGAUCUGGUUUACAUUAUGACCACCAUCAGAAUCAUAUUUGAACAGAACAAGAAGCAGAAAACUACUAAAUCCUUAUUUGGGAAAAAGAAGAAAGAGGGACCCUAUGAAUUCGUCGAAGGUGACACUAUAUAUGACUAUAUGGAUUAUCUUGUCAACUGGAUCGAUAGUAUAUACUGA